CACGCAAGAUUACGCUGUCUGAAAUCAAAACAUCGCAAUUUCGAAGAAAACAACCAACCAAACAUCAACACGCAGACAUUCGAACAUGCGAAGAUCAUAACGAAAGUACCACUCUCUCACACAGUCUUAGCUACGAAAGCGACGACAAAGACGACUCUACUACUUUUGACUCUCCGACGACUUUGAAUUCCAAUCCCCAAACCCAAAUCCUUGCAAUUUCACUCAUAUCACAAAUCCUUGCAAUUUCACUCAUAUCAAUCUGCUCAAUCUUUAUAAUACUGUGCAUUUGAUUUCAAUGUCUGUAAUCAAUUGAGUUUUUCUAUGAUGGAAGAGAAUCGAAUCGAAGAUGUGUUGUCGUUUCCAAUUCUAUUAUCGGAGCGAAUUCGCAAUUCGGUCUCCGAAGCCGGUACAUUUCAAGCCGACUGCACCGAACUCGACAAGCAAGCCGAUCGUCUUUCCCAAAUGCUCCGGUCAUCGGUCCGCCUCUCCACAGCCGCCGGCGCCGCCUUCUAUGACCGCCCCGCCCGCCGCAUCGCCGCCGACCUCUCCAAAAACCUCGACCGCGCCCUAACCCUCGUCCGCAAGUGCAAGGGUCGAAGCGUCCUCCGCCGCGUCGUCACGAUCGUGACUCAGGCCGAUUUUCGCAAAAUCCAGAACCUUCUUGAAUCUUCUAUUGCCGACAUGAAUUGGCUUCUGAGCAUUUAUGACAAAGACUCCAUUGUUUUUUCUCUUCCCCCAAUUGCGAGUAACGAUCCGAUUCUCUCUUGGGUUUGGUCUUUCAUUGCUUCGAUUCAUUUGGGGCAAUUGAACGACCGAAUUGAAGCUGCCAACGAACUGGCUUCGCUUGCGCGAGACAAUGAUCGGAACAAGAAGAUGAUUGUGGAGGAAGGUGGGGUUCCGCCAUUGUUGAAGCUCUUGAAAGAGAACUCUUCUCAGGAAGCCCAAAUUGCAGCUGCUAUAGCGCUUUUCAACUUGUCUGACGAUCAAGAACGGGUUCUAUUAAUCGUCGAUGAGCUCGGAAUUCCAAUCAUAGUUCAGAUUUUGGGUGAUUCGCCGAUGAGGGUUCAAAUUCGGGUGGCCAAUUUAGUAUCGAGAAUGGCAGAACACGACAACGUCGCGAAAGAGGAAUUUGCAAGGGAGAAUGCAAUUAGGCCGCUCGUGACUCUACUGUCUUUCGAGCCAUUUAUGGAUGAUCCAUAUCAAAAGCCUCAAAGCAUUCAUUCUAUUGUUCAGAUUAGUAAAGAGAAGGAAAUGAAUUCGAAUCAUAGAUCGCAUUUGAGUCAGCAUAGGAAAGAAAGAGAGAAUGAGACUGUUGAAGUGAAGCAUGAGUUGAAAACUAGCUGUGCAGAGGCUCUGUGGAAGCUUGCUAAAGGUAGUGUCUCAAAUAGUAGGAGAAUAACGGAGACAAAAGGGUUGCUCUGUUUAGCGAAGCUUAUUGAGAAGGAAAAAGGCGAGUUGCAAUUCAAUUGCUUGAUGGCAUUGAUGGAGAUAACAGCCGAGGCUGAGUCCAACGCUGAUCUCAGACGAGCAGCUUUCAAAACCAAUUCCCCGGCUGCAAAAGCCGCUGUAGACCAACUUUUGAAUAUCGUUAACGAUUCAGACAACCCAUCACUACAAAUCGCUGCAAUAAAGUCGAUUGGGUCGUUGGCACAUACAUUUCCAGCAAGAGAGACCCGAGUUAUUAGUCCUCUAGUCAAGCAGCUUGGUCACAGGAACCAGGAUGUGGCAACAGAAGCUACCAUUUCGCUUGUGAAAUUUGCUUGUCCAGAGAAUUUUCUCUGUAUGGAGCAUUCGAAGACAGUGAUUGAAUUCAAUGGUGUCCCGCCUCUGAUGAAACUGUUGAGAGGCGGUGAAAGGACACAAUUGCAUGGACUGGUUCUUCUAUGCUACCUUGCUAUAAAUGUUGGGAAUAGCGAGGCUUUGGAACAAGCUCGGGUGUUGAAUGUGCUCGAGGGGGCAGAGCGUACAGUGGCUGCUCAAUAUCCAGAGCUCAAAGAAUUGGUGUCGAAGGCGAUUUACCACCUCAAUCUGUAUCAUGCUGGUGCCCUUCCUCAUAGGCAGUCUUAUAAUAAUAUCCCAUAGAUAAUGUUUGUUUCCUGGGAAAAUUGUUGCUUAAUUAUACCUAGACCAUGUUGAUACAUUCUGAUCAAGAAAGGAAAAAUGAAAAAAAGGGCUUUAAGGAACAUACAUAGUUGUUGGUUAAUACUGUAAUGGAUUUGUUCCUUUUGUGAACGAUAUUACAUUUCUCUGUUAUUACCUUUUCUGCUC